AUGGCCGUUGAUGUUCCCAGAUCAGUGGUUCAGAAGUUGAUCUUCUUCACAGCUGCUAUGGUGAUCUUGCCUUUGUUUUCGUUUUUUGUUUGUCAAUAUUUAUUUGGAAAUAAUGCCAUUAUUUCUGGAGGUGUUGCAGCUUUUACGGCCAACGUUGUUUUAAUCGGUUACAUUGUCGUAGCUUUCACAGAAGACAAUGGUGCUAAGGAAGAUGAAAAGAAGAAGGAAUAG